AAUCGCACCUCGAUAUCGACUAAAUACCGGUACCGGUACUUGGCACUAAUCUCAUCCUAGAUCUUUGGUCGUUGGAAAUUUGAAGAAACACGUGAGAUAUUAAAGUUAAAGACAUGUUCGAGAUAUGCAGUCGUAAAAAGAACUAUCAGAGAAAAUAAGAAACAAGUGCAUGGCUUGAAGAUGAAUGAGGUGAUGAGAAAUGCAAAAACUUUCCUUGGAUUAGUGCAGACUGCCAAGACCGAUGCUGCUGCACACUGGAACCAAGAAGCAUUCCAAAGGGCCAUGAAGUGGGCAGAAUACUUUGAAGGGGUUUACAAGAAACUAGAAACCAAGGUAGACGUGGAAACUAAAUUCAGCAGAGGUCUAGAGAUCAUUAGCAGUCAGGCUGGUGCAUGCCCUGGACCUAGUCCUGUGACCUUUGCAGAUCUAAAACACUCCAGGAGAAUGCUCCUAAAGAUUUUGCUUCAGAAUCCCUACCUUAGUGGGGAGAUUUAUUCUUUGGUACUGGACAGCUAUACAGGUCUACCAUCUACCCCUGACGGAUUAGGAGGAUCAGAAAUGCUUAUUCAGGAUGCAGUUGAGUGUGCCCAUGCCAAGGCAAGAAGAGAAUCCCUUCUCAGGAUCAAAGCUCUCACUUCACAAGCAGUAGCGAGGAUGAACAAAAGAUCUUGUACAGGUGAUGUUGUAAAUUGUGAUAGUGUGACCGAUGUCGGAAUCCAAACAGAUGCUUGUGUUCUCCACCAACAUCUCCUACGUCAUCUGUCAAAGAACCCUUCAUUGCAAAGCACACUAGAUUACUUACAUGAUAAAUUGGAGGAGAUAGCUCAAAAGCCCGAUGGAAUGGAAAUCAUCUCAUUUGCUGAGUCUCAUCUUCCUUACCAGGGAAACAAAGAAGAGGGGGAUUUGCCUGACCUUUCAACGGAAACCCGAUGUAAACAGUUACUUACCGACUGGCUACUCAGGAGAGCGAAUGCUACCUCAGCAAGUAAGAUCAAAGAUGACAGAAAACCCCCCUAAAGUCAUCUAAAGGUGAGCCACAGAUGGAUCGAGUUAGAAUUAGAAUAAGCCAUGGUUGAUAAUGAUGAUAAUCUGGUAUUUAUAAUGUGCUUAAGACAUACAUUGUAAGUUCUUACAGAUUUAUUUAUCAUUGGAUUCAAGCUGCCAUUUUUGCACACGAUGUAUGCACAUCCUCCACUCCCUGGGGAGUAUUUCAGCGAGUGGCAAUUCAGGCGCACACAAUACUGGACAAGCUACAGUGACGUCCACGUCCUACCAGGUUCCCUUUUAGCACCUGGGUGGAGAGUGGCAGUGUAGAUUAACGCCUUGCCCAAGGAUGCCAGGCUGCGGUGGGAUUCGAACACAUGAUCUUCUGAUUAGAAAGCGAGAGUCGGAACCACUACACCGCAGAUUUGAUGGAGUAAGAGAGAAAGUGAAUGCAGAACAAAUGAUAGAUGUGGAUUCAUAGUGCUGGUGAAAUUGACCAAAGUGCAAUCACAUAUUUUGUAUUGUAUAAUAAUGAAAUGCAACAUUUAUAAUAGCGCUUUAAAAUAUGAAGUUUCUAAGGGCUGCGUACUAUUACCCCGUCUUAAGCAUUCAAGGAAUUCUGUGCUACCUGGUACCCAUUUACAACACCUGGAUGGAGAGUGGCCAAUGUAGAUAAACGCCUGGCCAAAGAACGAGAGUGUCAUGUUGGGAUUUGAACCUCGGACCAGUUGGUUCAAAGUCUGGAGACUUAUCCAGUGAGCCACCCGUCUUACAAUCCAUCAGUGUCAUAUUUUUUUCUACAGGAAAUUUGCAAAGUGUCCUUUGUAAACAAAGGAGAUCACACCACAUUGUCAAGAAAUCAAUGAAUUUAUGGAUCUAUACAUUCAUAUCUAGAAUUUUUUUUAAUAAACAUGCAUUUUAUAUGUUGA